CGAGGGCGCUGGCGACCAUGGUGCGCGGCAGGAUCUCCCGGCUCUCGGUCUGCGACGUGCGCUUCCCCACGUCGCUCGGGGGCCACGGCUCGGACGCCAUGCACACAGACCCUGACUACUCGGCUGCCUAUGUCAUAAUAGAGACUGAUGCAGAAGAUGGACUCAAGGGAUAUGGAAUUACCUUUACUCUGGGAAAAGGCACUGAAGUUGUUGUCUGUGCUGUAAAUGCACUUGCCCAGCAUGUGCUGAACAAGGACCUCAGGGACAUUGUUGGCGACUUUAGGGGCUUCUACAGGCAGCUCACCAGUGAUGGGCAGCUCCGAUGGAUUGGCCCAGAGAAAGGCGUUGUGCAUCUGGCUACAGCAGCCGUUCUCAAUGCCCUGUGGGACCUGUGGGCUAAGCAGGAGGGAAAGCCCCUAUGGAAGUUACUUGUUGACAUGGAUCCCAAGACGCUGCUGUCCUGCAUAGAUUUCAGGUACAUCACCGACGUCUUGACCGAGGAGGAGGCCUACGAAAUACUGCAGAAAGGUCGAGUCGGUAACAGAGAGAGAGAAGCACAAAUGCUGGCACAUGGCUAUCCUGCCUACACAACAUCGUGCGCCUGGCUGGGGUACUCGGAUGACACCUUGAAGCAGCUCUGCUCCAAGGCCCUGAAGGACGGCUGGACAAGGUUCAAAGUCAAGGUCGGGGCUGAUCUCCAGGAUGACAUCCGCAGGUGUCGGCUUAUCAGGGACAUGAUUGGACCCGAGAAGACGCUGAUGAUGGAUGCCAACCAGCGCUGGGACGUGCCUGAAGCCGUGGAGUGGAUGUCCAGGCUGGCUGAGUUCAAGCCGCUGUGGAUCGAGGAGCCAACCUCCCCUGAUGACAUCCUCGGCCAUGCCACCAUUUCCAAGGCACUGGCCCCAUUAGGAAUUGGUGUUGCAACAGGAGAGCAGUGCCACAAUAGAGUGAUAUUUAAGCAACUCCUACAGGCCAAUGCCCUGCAGUUUCUCCAGAUUGACAGCUGCAGACUGGGAAGUGUCAAUGAGAACCUCUCGGUGUUACUGAUGGCCCAGAAGUUUGGAAUUCCCGUCUGCCCCCAUGCUGGUGGAGUUGGCCUCUGUGAAUUGGUACAACACUUGAUUAUCUUUGAUUACAUAGCUGUCUCUGCAAGCCUUAAAAACAGGAUGUGUGAAUAUGUCGACCACCUACAUGAACAUUUCAAGUAUCCUGUGAUAAUCAAGAAGGCGUCUUACAUGCCUCCUAAGGAUGCUGGCUAUUCAACAGAAAUGAAAGAGGAAUCUGUAAAGAAACACCGAUUUCCAGAUGGCGAAGUCUGGAAGAAACUCCUUGCUGGUCAAGAAAACUAAGUUGUCAGACCUAACACCUUUUUCUAAGUGAAAACGCUUAACAAUUCUUGGAUAUGGCUUUACAAAAACAGAAAAAAAAAACUCAUCUUACCAAUCAAGAGAAGUUCGGCUGGAAGACUUAUUAACCUCAGGAAUUAGCUCAAUAAUCAUUAUUCGAUUCUCUUAGCAAAUAAAUACAUAUUCUCAUAUUUAAUCCUUAAAUGAAUUUAGAUUUAACUAAUCCAAAGUCCAAGAAGAUGUUCUUACAAAAUUUCUAUCAAGUGCUGGUACUAAACAUUAAACUGUACUCUAAGAAUAAGCAACAUGUUGCAUAAUUUGUUGGAACAAUUCCUUAUUCUAUUUAAUAUCUGUCAUAAAUUAGCAAAGUAAAAAUAGUUCUGCAGCACCCUGGGGUAUCUGGUAUGCAGCAGAGGUACAGAGAUUUCACUGAUUAGCCUGGAAGUGGUUUAGCAUUUCUUGUCUUGCUCAGUGUAAGCAUAUUAUUAGAGAAUUCACACCAUAUUGAAACUAAUGAGGACAAAAUGGUAUUUCAUAGAUUGUAUUUUCUUAUAAUCCAUAAAAAAUUCUUCCCUGAA